AGCUGCACUCAUGAACCACUGCGCUGAAUAAAGGACCAAACAACCUUGCUUAUUAGUAUAAUACUAGCGAUGAAUCAUUCAUUCACAACCUGCUGUAUUGUUUGAUCUGUUUGCAUAAACCCAAAUGUCUAUAUAUCCUUUCAUGGUUACACCUUGCAAAUGGACAUUGGGACAGUGUAAAGACGUGAUUCUUGACCACGGCUCCAGAAUGUUUAGACGAUUUAAGAGGAAGUUGUGGCAUCCAUUGAGGCCCUAUACUGGCUCAGCGCCUCAGUGCCCUGAUUCUCAGUUAAAAAAUUCAGAGAUGUCAACCCAAAGCGAGAGACCCUUACACACACCAGUCAUGGUGAAGGAAGUGUUGCAGUUUCUGGAAAUCAAACCCGGGCAGGUUGUCCUGGACUUGACCUUUGGGGCCGGAGGUCACUUGAAGGCCAUCCUGCAGUCGGUUCCUGAUGUAAUGGGGGUGGCGGUAGAUCGUGACCCCACGGCUUACCAAAUGGCUCAGCGUUUAGCAGAAGACUACCCGGGCCAGGUGAAGCCAGUACUAGGAAGGUUCAGUGAGCUGAAUGACCUGCUCCCAAAGUUGGGAUUGGGUCCAGGGGGUGUGGAUGCUGCUCUUCUGGAUGCAGGUUGCUCCUCCAUGCAGAUGGAUUCAGCAGAAAGGGGCUUCUCCCUCAGCAAGGAUGGACCGCUAGACAUGAGGAUGGACAGAGACAGGUACCCCGACAUGCCCUGCGCGGCUGACGUGGUCAACGCCUUAGAUCAACAGGCGCUUGCGUCCGUAUUGGCUGCGUAUGGGGAGGAGCGGCACACCAGGAAAAUUGCGGCGGCCAUCGCACAGGCACGCAGCGUCUACCCCAUCAGCCGGACCCUGCAACUGGCCAGCAUCGUAGCAGGAGCAUUUCCAGCCAGUGCGCUGUACGCCCGGCGUGACCGCCUGCAGCGGCCUUCACACGUUGCCACCAAAACCUUCCAGGCCUUACGGAUAUUUGUAAACAACGAACUCAAUGAGUUGCACGCCGGCCUGCAUGUGGCGCAAACUCUGCUCCGUCCCAAGGGGCGACUCUGUGUUCUCACCUUCCAUUCCUUAGAGGACCGGCUGACCAAACGUUUUCUUCGUGGAGAGGACCUGGCUGCCCCACCACGCCGCAGCAUUCGCCAGCGAGCCAAAGCCCAGCAUGGAUUGGAGAGAGAGGAGCAGGAGGAGGAGGAAGAGAAUGAAGAAGGGGAGAGGGGGCGAGAGAGUGCACAUUGGGUCAGUCUGAAGAAAGUGAUAAAGCCAUGUGAGGAAGAGGUGCAGGAGAACCCAAGAGCUCGAUCAGCUAAACUCAGAACAGCAGUAAGACGAUAGACAGUGGUGAAAAUUCUGAUUGCUAAUUUACAUUUUUCUGUGUGUAGUUUCAGUAAUAAAUAUUAGAUCUCCUGAAAUUGUUCUCGUGACUUAUUGUUAAAAAUGUUUUUGGCUUGGCCAUGAAGACCGCAUAUCUGGCUGAGGUGCCAAAGUGUACCUACACCAAAGUGUAUUUAAAAUACAUUUAUUUUUAUAUUUUGGUAAACUACUAAAGUAAUGUCGCUUGAGGCUUAUGAUGUAAAUAUUAUAAUUAAGUUUAUUUGGAGUACUUCUUUAUUGCAAAACGCACAUUUCUUAAUAUUAAGCCUGAAGGCACGGGCCGAAACGCAUCUGUGCAGUAAAGAGCUUAAGAAAAGAAUGUAUACUCUCUCCUAUUUUUAGUUUUUUUAAUAUUAAGCCUAAAAUGUGUUUUAAUGUCACUAUUAGUAAGGAUGGUAUGAUCUCUGUCUAAUAUCAUUCUUUAAAUGCAAGAUAUUUAAAGUGUACCUGCAAUAGUUUAGCACAAUCAAAUAUACUUGAAUAUUUCUUUAGUUGGACCUCAGCACUAUUUCCAGAUUUGUAGUACACUUAGUAUGAAAUAAAUG